GCAAGAGCUUUAGCAGUACCUACUACCUAACGUGUCUCACCCAAAUCUUUAGCGUGGUUUGGCAUGGAGGCGCAAUUGAAUGAGGACUAGCGUCCUUUUUGGAGGAAUUCCGGGAUACAUAGUACUUACGGCGAAGCUUUGGAGUUGGGGAAGCCACUGGCCAGGAAGCUGGAAGCUUGCACAUUCACCAACAGUGACCAACUAAACUUGGACCUAAAAACGUCAUUUUGAUCGUCGAGGGGGGGAAAUAUCUGUCCGUCUUUGUAUCAAAAGAAAAGACACGAUUGACAUUCCUGAAUAUUUUAUAUACAUUCACACUCUCACACUCACAUACUUUCACUCAACAUUGAACACACGUACUCUUUACCUAAACCCACUUUUCUUCUAUUUAUUCUCUCUUCUCAUUGCUGUAUUGCUGUAUUGCUGUUAAUCCUUAAUCCUUGAAUAUGUUAUACUGACGUCCCCCGAGUCAUCAAGUCCUCAUUCAUCAUACACCCAUUUUAACCACCUCUCUCUGUCUCUUCAAUUCUUUACCAAUUAGUGCCGAAAUUUACGGUACCCGAAUUAUCAUUUAGUACAUCAUGUCGGACGCCGGAGAAAGCGGGCACAAGAGGUCCAAGUCCACGGCCCUUUCUCUACUCCGGCGUAGAGAUAGGGAAAAGGACAAGGAUAUCCGUAAUGAUGACGAUGCCAUAUCCGAAGAUGGAUCGCAAGCUUCUGGCCUUGCCUCACUUCCAACCACGAGUACCUCCGCUCCUGCUGUUGCCAUGUCUCAUCAGCAAUCCGUUAAGAAAAGUCAAAGAAUGUCAGUCAGCAGCCGUAUCACCUCCCGCGAACCCGGCGCUUCAACCUCGAUUCGAUCCAAUACCUCUGCGGUUGAAAAGGGCUCGACCCUCGAACAAUCCGUUCGCAAAUUUCGAAUCGUCGAGGCCUUACGAAGUGGCAAUACAGCUGCAAUUCACAAGGCGGUUAGAGAAACGUCAGAACAUGCUCCUCGUGCCAGUAUAUCUUCGAUAAGUGGUGCAAACGUUGGGCCUCUGGAUGACACAACUGUUCUUCAUCUCGCCAUUCAAUGCGCUGAAUUUGAGGUGGUCGAAUACGUCCUGUCUGAUGGUUCCGGAUAUAUUGAUAUCAACGCCCGGGAUAAGGAUGGAAAUGUACCUCUGCAUAUUGCUGCCUCUCAAGGACGUGCUCCUGUUGUUCGCUUGCUACUAGAGCAAAAGGAUAUUAAUGAUGCUAUUGCAAAUAACCAGGGAAAGCUUCCUCUAGAUGUGGCUCGAAAUCCAGAGAUCUUUCAACAGCUCCAGCUCGCGAGAACCUUAUUCGUUCAGGAUAAAGUCAAGGAAGUUCAAGACCUUGUACGAAAUGGUGCCUACGACACGUUGGGCCAAAUCCUCGAAGAACCCCGAGUCAAGACGAUCCUAGAUAUCAAUAGCAUUGAAUUACCUUGUGAUCCAGUGACGGUUCAAGCAGGGGGGACACUACUACAUGAAGCCGCUCGCAAGAAGGAUACGAAAUUGAUCCAAGCCCUUCUGCUUCAUGGCGCCGACCCUUUCCAGCGGGAUCGCAAAGGCAAGCUUCCUCAGCAAGUCACCAACGAUGAUAUAACACGGACGAUGCUCAAACGAUCACCUGCUGCGGUAGCUGCCCAACGGGGCAUUCAAGAGAAAGCAGUGCUUGGACAUGCGACUUCACAAAACGGACCCGGAUCAGCUGCUACUGGGGAUCUAAGUAGUCGCGAGCCUCAGAUGAAAGGUUAUCUCAAGAAAUGGACAAACUACCGCAAAGGUUACCAACUUCGUUGGUUCGUUCUUGAAAAUGGCGUCCUCAGCUAUUACAAGCAUCAAGACGACGCGGAGAAUGCGUGCCGUGGUGCCAUCAGUAUGCGCAUUGCCAGACUAUACAUGAGCCCAGAGGAGAAGACCAAAUUUGAGAUUAUAGGAAAAUCCUCGGUCAAGUACACUUUAAAGGCUAACCAUGAGGUCGAAGCCAAACGGUGGUUUUGGGCCCUAAACAACGCAAUUCAGUGGAUGAAGGACCAGGCGAAACAAGAGGAGAAGCAGAAGGCGCAGAGUGCUGAGAUGCUACGACAAGCUCGAGACAGCCUCUAUAAACCAGCAGAGCCUUCUAUAGCCGAUUCCCACAGCGACGUCGGAAGUAACGUGGAAGCGAGAAAUAGUGUUCAGCUUUCCCGUUUUCCUUCUACCAGGUCACCUGCUCCACGCGUCGGUGUAUCUCGUGCUAGUACCACGGGUAGUGUAGACGACGAGUUUGCCGAAGCAGGGUCGCCUGAUGAGAGGGGACAUGACAAUAGAGAGCCCACAAUUGCCGGCGAGGUGGAUGACGACGACGACGACGAGUACAUAGAUCGAUCAAGCCGCGGCGAGUCAGCAACGGCAACUAAGGAUGCUUUCAAUAUUACAGCGCAGUCGGCAAGACUCCAGCUAGACACGCUAGCAUCAGUGAGUGCAGCAUUGCAGUCGGAGUCCCAUCGAAAUCCAGGCAUGUCCCUUACAGACCCGAAGAUCGCCCAAGCCCUCACAACGUAUGACGCAGCGAUUCGUAGCCUGAAGGGACUUAUGGGAGACCUUCUUAGGAUAUCGAAAGACCGUGAUGCGCAUUGGCAGUACCGCCUGGAGCAAGAAAUCGAGAUGCGACGAAUGUGGGAAGAAAGCAUGGCUAAGGUAGCGGCCGAGCAAGAAGUCUUGGAAGCGAGAGUCAGCGAAGCUGAAAUGAAGCGCAAGAUAGCCAAACGUGCUCUUCGUGAAGUCAUGGGGGGCGCCAGCGAGAGUCGGCCUUUGAGUAAAGACAGCUCUCAAUUGAUGCGUUCCGAGGCGCCCGAUGCAGCUGAAGAUGAUACUUCCGCAGCAGUAAUCCACUCGCCAUCGAUGAAGAGCAUUGGCCGCAGAUCAACUGCACGUUCACAUGCUCUCGAACUCUCUGACGAUUCCGAAUCGGAACAAGAGGAAUUUUUCGAUGCGGUUGACGCAGGAGAGGUCGAUGUUGAACCCAUGCCACCGUCUGAUGUUGUGCCAUCCACUGGCGCAGGGCAAGAUGUCGUAGUAUCAGGUGUGGACGUCAGUAGUGCCUUCAAAGGCUACGAGAAUGGCCUCAGAACGAAGCUGAAGUUAGACGAAGACAAUAGACCCAGGAUCGGGCUAUGGGGUAUUCUGAAAUCGAUGAUCGGCAAGGAUAUGACUAAGAUGACGCUCCCGGUAUCUUUCAACGAGCCAACAUCUCUUCUAUACCGAACCGGCGAAGAUAUGGAAUACGCAGACCUGUUAGACAUGGCAGCGGAUCGAUCAGACUCUAUUGAACGCAUGUUAUAUGUCGCUGCUUUCGCAUCUAGCGAGUUUGCUUCCACUAUUGGCCGCGUUGCCAAACCAUUCAAUCCUCUUCUAGGUGAGACGUUCGAGUACGCUAGGCCGGAUAAAGGCUAUCGUUUUUUUAUUGAACAAGUUAGCCAUCAUCCACCCAUUGGAGCUGCGUAUGCGGAGUCCGCAAAAUGGACGUACUGGGGUGAGGCCAAGGUCGACUCCAGGUUUUUGGGCAAGUCGUUUGAUAUUUACCACCUUGGCACUUGGUUCUUGAGAUUACGUCCUACUGCUGGGGGCAAGGAGGAUUUCUUCACCUGGAAAAAGCCUAAAUCACAGGUGGUUGGUAUUAUCACAGGCAAUCCCGUCGUGGACAACUACGGCCUUGUGGAGAUCAAGAACUGGACAACUGGAGAAACCUGCCUGCUUGACUUCAAGCAGCGAGGUUGGAAAGCUUCAAGUGCCUACCAGCUAUCAGGAAAGAUCCUCGAUGCCGAUGGCCGGCCGCGCAUGAGCUUGGGUGGCCGAUGGAAUUCCAAAAUCUACGCCCGGCUCACGCCCGGCUUCGAGGCCGCCGUCGAGGAGCCACAAGAUACCCGAGGAAGUAUCAGUGACCCCAGCAGAGCCUUCAUGGUGUGGGAAGCACACGCUCGACCCGAGGGCAUUCCAUUCAAUCUCACGCCUUUCGUGCUCACCUUUAACCAUCUAGACGAGAAACUGGAGAAAUGGAUUGCCCCAACCGACUCGAGGCGCCGUCCAGAUCAAAGGGCGAUGGAAGAUGGUGAGUAUGACCUCGCGGCAGCAGAGAAGAACCGGCUCGAGGAGGGGCAACGAGCUAGGCGAAAGGUACGCCAGCAGAGAGGCGAGGAAUUCGCGCCUGCGUGGUUCGAGAAGACAACAUGUGAAGUUACGGGAGUGGAAUACUGGAAGUUCAACGGCAAGUACUGGAUACAACGAGAGAAGUAUGGCGAGGGAGACGAACACGCAUGGGAUGGUCUAGAGCCAAUCUAUUCUGAUUGAAUGAACCCCUGACAACCUGGAAGGCACCAUGUGUGCCGCAUAGAAAGAUAAGGACCUAUGAGAUGAUCACAUGGGGAAUUGCCCACUCUAUUCUAAUAGAGUAGGUUUAAUGAAGUCGGUCUCCUAUCCUAAUUGAACACGAUGUUUACGAUGUAACUAUUCCACCUAUUCCACCUAAUCACAGGCUAACAAUCCUAAUUCGCAUGUGCGUAUUAUUAUAAA